UCUGUAAAGAAACUGUUCGCGUACUCGUAUUAGUGAAACUGUUUUGUUUGUACAUGAAGACGUAAUAUUAUCGUUGAUAUGGUUUAAAUGUUCACCUUUAUUUUCCGAGAGACAUUAUUGCUUUGACAAAGAUGGCAAGAGGACCGGUGUGCAAUUGGUGGAGAUGGUGGAUCCUACUUAGUUUACUGUAUGGAAGUGUGACGUCCUAUAAAAGACCUAAUAUAGUCUUUAUUAUGGUGGACGAUAUGGGUUGGAACGACGUGUCUUAUCACGGGUCGGAUCAGAUUUUAACGCCAAAUCUAGAUGCUUUGGCCACGCGGGGCACAGUUCUACAUCAGUAUUACAGCGAGGCGAUAUGCACGCCAGCGCGUACGGCGCUUCUUACUGGAAAAUAUCCUAUGCGGUUAGGGAUGCACGGAUUUCCUCUAUCAAACUCCGAGGAUCGGGGUAUACCAUUGACUGAGCGGCUUUUACCAGCUUAUCUGAAAGACUUAGGUUACUGUACCCAUUUAGUGGGAAAGUGGCACGUUGGGAUGUCCAGGCGGCAGUACCUUCCCAUGUCCCGGGGAUAUGACUCCCAUUAUGGAAUGCGAGGUGGUUUUAUUGACUUCUAUACACACGACAAAGUAGAAGAGAUGCCAAAUGGAAGACAAUUUUUCGGACUAGAUUUUUACGAUAACGAAGUUUCACAAGAAGGCGAAGAACGAUAUAUUGUGGAUGCAUUAACAGACAGGGCUAUAUCGACUAUUCAGAAUCAUAAUGAAUCCUGUCCACUGUUCUUGCAUUUGGCUCAUAAUACACCUCAUGCCGGUAACGAAGGAGGCCUGCUACAGCCUCCACUUUACUCAUCCGUCAAGAGUCAGCAUAUUGCCAACUCUAACAGACGUCUUUACGCAGAGAUGGUAAGACAUUUAGAUAGUAGCGUCGGAAGGGUAGUAACAGCACUCGCAGAUAAAGGAAUUUUGCAAGAUACUAUAAUAGCUUUUGUCUCUGACAACGGAGCCCCGACGGUUGGACAAUUUAAUAAUUGGGGCGUAAAUCUGCCUUUCAGAGGGAAGAAGCAAACGCCAUGGGAAGGAGCAGUUAGAGUCCCAGCUUUCAUUUGGCAUUCGUCAUUUAAGCCUAAAGUGUGGCGUGGACUAAUGCAUAUAACCGAUUGGAUGCCAACGCUCCUAGCAGCCGUUGGUGGAGAAAUAAAAAAAAAUAUAGAUGGAGUAAAUCAAUGGGAUUCCAUAGUAAAUGAUGGGAAAUCCCAAAGAAAAGACGUUUUAAUAACUUUUGAAGAUGGUAAUGCAAAUGCUUACGCUUCAUAUAGAUUGGGCGAUUAUAAAAUUAUAGUUGGCAAUGUGUCAGGUUUAAGUAAUGGGUAUUAUGGAGCCGAUUACAUUAUAAAUAAAGCUCCCCCACCUGACUAUUUUUCUGCAAUUAGGUCUUCUGAGGUAGCCAAAGUUUUUGAAACCUAUGGAAUAUAUUUGGGUUAUGAUGAAGUUCAAAAAAUGAGGAAAGCAUGCUUAAUUCAACAAUCAGAUAAAGUUCAAGAUCUAAUUCCUUGCGAACCGACACCUUCUCGAGGUUGUUUGUAUAAUGUUAAACAAGAUCCUACAGAAAGACACGAUCUAUGGGGACGCGGUUCUAAAAUAACUGCCAUAUUAACAAGCAAACUACGGGCCCUAUGGUCAAUGCAUGUACGACGAGGUCCCGUAGUAAUAGAUGAACGAGCUAAUCCAAUGAAUUUUGGAUACAGAUGGAUGCCAUGGCUGAAUGACACAGUUCUCGGUGAUAAUCAAACAACGACAACUCAAAACGGACAAAAUCCGUUUUUAGAGUUAAGUAACAGCAGUGCUUCAAGUGAUAGAACAGUUGCCUCAGUAAUAGGAUGUGACCGUACAACAGGUUUUACCAAUUUUUUAUGUUUAUUAAGGAGUGUUUUCUAGUUCCAAGUAAAUUAAUUGUUU